AUGCUAAAUAUUUUGUUAGUUCCAAGCGAACAGCCGAAAUGUGCGGACGUAGCUUGUGCAGUGCAGCACCUAGGCAGAGACACCGCCGGAAUUUAUUUUACAGAUUCGGGUGCCGGGGAGGAGGGCACCAUGUCGAGAUCUUCGACCCCCAUGGAGAGCGACCGCUCGAGUGGCAGCGAAGCCGGCGACAGCAGGCCUAGCACCCCCAGGUCCGUCGUGGAGACGACAACUAGCCGUGAGAGUGAGCUGGCAGCAGAGAAUGACAGACCACGGCAAAUGAUCGACGACCUCAGAGAUGAAUUGAGGGACAACAGGGACAAAGGAGUAAAGCGAGGUAAGCCAGGGACCUCGUCGGAUUCCGAGGAGGAGUCCUGCAAGGCUAAAAAUAAGCCAGCAAAAGCGAACGAAGCACCUGUCGCCGAACAGGCGAAGGUCCCCGAGAUCGUACCAGCAACGACAUCAGAGCGCGCGGCCCCUGAACAGGAAAAUAAAUUACACCAGGGCCAGGUUCACAGGUGA